AUGGGUUCUUGUGCUUCUUUGGGGAACCCCGCUUCUAAAUACAAGUUCAAAUAUGGCAGGCCAACUAUGUAUGGCCACAGCAUCUAUCCCAUGUUUAACGGUUUACUCUAUCGUAUUAUCGACAAAAAUCUUAAGCAGUGGGCGUUCUACAAUGAUACCAGAGAUUUAAUAAUCCAUGUUGGCAUCCUAUUUGACUACGACUCUCAAAUUGUCCCACUGGCCGCUACCUCGGCUGUUCGGAUCGAUGACCCCCAGGAAGGUCACGAGGAUGACUUUGGCAAGUACCUCUGUGAGGUCGAUAUCUAUCCUGCGGACACCGUGCUGUUUAUAUCAGGCUUGCCAACCGGAUGGUCGGUGGAUACCCUGGAGGCACGUGACUCGAUAGGGAAUACUCACUUUCGUUUGUAA